UGAUGAUCACCACCAGCAUGACCACGAAGAAGGUGGUCCUGCUGGGGUGAGCAGGAGCGGUGACGGGCUGUGUGUUCCCAGGGGUCCUUGGGCAGCACAUGAGGGCUCAGCCAUUGAAGUUCCGGCUCAAAUACUAUGGACAGCAGCCCCUACGUCCAACGCCAGGCACUUCACACUCUGCCCCUGCUGAGAGCUGCAGUGGCAAAUGGCUCCUCCAGAUCCAGGCUGCAGGAACUGCAGAGCCAACUCCGCCAGGCGUGGAGGAGGCGGCGGCCUUCUCUCUGGGGCAAUGGCUGGCUGUGCUGCUGGGGCUCCGCGCAGGACUGAUCCCAGCACCGCCAUGUGCUCUUCCUUCAUUAAACAGUUUAUGGAGUGUCUGAACCUGCAGAUCUCGAGUUACUGCUCUUCUGCCCUUCUGUCUCCAGCCAGUGGGUCUUGCUUUGGUCCCCAGUGUCCCCAUGGCACGGAAGAAGAAUAUAAAAAUGGUAUUUGUGCUCAGCAACAGUCGCCCAGGCACGCAGUGUGGUAGGAAAAGUGACCAGAAAUCACUUUGCACUUGGUUUUUCUGGUGAAGCCUUUAAUGCUUCCAACAAGAGCAGAACCCAGAGCUGUGAGGAUCCCUGAAGAACUUGUCCUUGGAGAUGUCCACAAACGUUCUCCCCACCGUGACCUGCCAUUUUUGCCUCUUUAGCCGGCUCCUGUGGAGCUCCUUUGGUGCUGCGUCACUGUGGGGUGGGUUUGCUGGGCUGGGGGAGCCCCAGGUCACACGCCUGUGGCACCGUGUCACAGGGCCCUUUGUGACCCGGCAUGAUAAGGGUGCUGGUGGCACAGCAACCACGUCACUGUGCCCGGAGGACACGACGGGACAGGACAGGAGCGAGAGGAGCUGCCAGGAGCCCCUGUGCAGAGACCUUGUUCCCUGUUGAUCAGUGUCUACCGUAUACGACGCUUUUCCUACACAUCUCGCAUCCCUGCAGCAGGAGCCCUUGAGGCCAGACAGCAGCAGGAUGGCGUGGAGACCCCCAUUCAUACCCAGGGUGGUCUGGCUGAGUGAUAAGAGUGAGGACGAGGAGGAGAAGGGCGCUGAGGCUGCCCCAGCAUCGCAGCAUGAGGAGGUGCAGGAGCACCAGCUGCUGCAGGCAGAUCCCAACUGGGAGCUGCCAGAAGAGGAGAAGAAGCAGGAAUACACCCACGUCCUGCACAACCCCAGAGCAAAGGUGUAUUGGGAAUCCUUCGAGCCUAAAGACCGUGAAGGCUCCACCGUCGUGGUCGCGGAGGCCAUGACAAAAGCACUCACCUACGACGCGGAGGCUGGUGCUGCUCUGCUGGAUAUGCUUGUGGAAAGCGAGAUCUCCACUUUGAAGCAGGUGCCCAGGAUUGUGCGGUGCAUCCACCGGUGGUUCAUGACCAACACGGAGGAGUCAGUUGAGCACAGCCUGGACAACACCCUUGUGGAGCUCACCGACGCGCACCCCCAUGAUGUGGUGGUGGCCCUGCUGCGCUGUGCCCCAUCGUGCGACCGAGCCGCUGCAGCCAUGUGGAGGAUGAUGGUCACCACCAGCAUGACCACAAAGAAGGUGUUCCGGGAGCUGCUCUGCGUGCUGGAGGACUGGCCGCUGCACAGCACGUCCACCUGUGACGGGGACCAACAGGACGUCCUUGCCCUGGCUGCAACCAGGGCUCUGUGGGAGAUCCUCCGGAUGCCCAGGUGCCCAAGAGGGCUGAAGGUGCAUUUCCCUCGCCUCCUCCUGGCUCUGCUCUUCCAAGUUGUGUACAGCACAGAGCAGAUGCCAGACGAGGUGGAUACUUUCUGGAGGGAAUGCCAGGAGGAAGGCGGCCUUCCCACCAGCCCCAGCAGGUUUAUAGUGCUGACUGUGAAAGCACUGCUCUGCCGUCUGGGCUAUAGGCUUGUAGCCUCUGAAGUGGAACGUAAGCGUGGCUGGGACACGCUCCUCCACGCUGAGACCCACCACUGCGCAAUGGGGCUGCUGGCCAGAGAGACCCAUGGUGUCUCAAGACACUUCAGUGCCUCUGUGGCGUCCUACCUGGUCGAGCUGCUCAGCAAGAAAGAGCCCCGCUGUGAGCUCCCUGCCAUGGCGUUCCUUGUGGAGAUCCUGGGCUCCCCUGGCCCAAACGUAAGAGCUGAGAGCUUCCUGCAGCUGGUCCCAAGAUACCUGCAGAGCAACUGCAGCAUAAUGCGUUCGCUGGUGCUCAAAGGCCUCACCGUGAUCUGCGACACACCGUGGAUGGUCCCAAAAAUGCGGUUCCUGGUGCAAAGACUCACGGAUCUACUGCAAGACACAGACAUGGAUAUGGUCAGGAUGACCCUGUCUGUGCUCAGCAAAGUGAUCCAGGGCCCAGGCUUCCGAAUUUCCACCCCCAUCGCACUGCAGCUGGCUCAGAGGCUCCAGCCACUCUUUGACAACGAGUCCUGGUAUGUGCGACAUCUCUCCGUCAGCAUCUUUAAAGAGGUGAUAGAGCGUGUACCAGAUGAUGGAAAAAAGCCGCUGAAGACGCUUGUGCACCAGAGCCUGCUCCCCCUGAUCUUCCACGUGUUUGAUGAGAACAAGGCCGUGGCAGCGACCUGUUGGGGUACCCUUCUGCGAGCUACCCCGUUGCUGAAGAAGGAGAAGCUCAGGCAGGCGGUGGCAAAGGAUCAGCGGAUAGAGGCGAUCGGCGAGUGCCUGCUGGUAGAGUGCCGCAGCAGAGCAGCAGAGUACCUGCGUCAGACCCUGACGUAUAUGCAGAGCCCACAGGACUCCAUACGAGAGGCAGCCGUCGCGUUCCUUGGGGUCCUUGGGCAGCACAUGAGGGCUCAGCCGGAGAAGUUCCGGCUCAUCUACCACACCGUUCAAGGCGCAAUAAACGACAAGGGCCCCUACGUCCAACGCCAGGCAUUUCGCACUCUGCCCCUGCUCAGAGCUGCAGCGGCAAGUGGCUCCUCCAGAUCCAGGCUGCAGCAACUGCAGAGCCAACUCCGCCAGGCGUGGAGGAGGCGGCGGCCUUCUCUCUGGGGCAAUGGCUGGCUGUGCUGCUGCGGCUCCGCACAGGACUGAUCCCAGCACCGCCAUGUGCUCUUCCUUGAUUAAACAGUUUAUUGAGUGUCUGAACCUGCAGAUCUCGAGUUACUGCUCUUCUGCCCUUCUGUCUCCAACCAGUGGGUCUUGCUUUGGUCCCCAGUGUCCCCAGGGCGUGGGAGAAGAAGAGAAAAAGGGUUCUUGUGCUCUGCAACAGUCACCCAGGCAUGCAGUGUGGCAGCAAAAGUGACCAAAACCACUUUGCCCUUUGCCUCAUCUGCUGAAGCCUCUAAUGCUUCCGACAAAGCCCUUGCGCAGAGCCCAGAGUUGUGGGGAUCCCUGAAAAACUUGUCCUGGGAGAUGUCCACAAAUACUCUUCCAGCCGUGACCUGCCAUUUGCUUCUUGCUGACGGGAUAGUUGAGGGGUCCGAGUUGCCUCUUUAACUGGCUCCGGUUUCCUGUUUCCAGGCAAAAUGCUGCCAUUUUUGUCAAAAUCAGUGAUUACAAUUUAUUUUGUUUUUCAGAGGGAGCUGUUACGGCAUUCUCUCCAGAAUUUGAAAUUUAGUUUUGAUCUCCUCUACCUCCUAUGCUCUACACAUUAUGUUUUGUCAAUCUACAGGUUUUUAUCCUUUGUUUCUGCACAAGUGUUUCUCCCAGCUCUAGGAAAUGUCCCAAUGCUCUUCCUGUGUUUUCCUUGUACUGUUUCCUAGCGUCUUUUUUUGAAGAGAUGUGUUUGAAAAGCUUCAGCAUGAGAAUCACAAAAGCACAAUGUAAGUGAAAACAUGAGUUCAGAGGGAAGCGGGAGGGCAGUCCCUGGGCCCAAGGGGCAGCAGAAUGGCACAGGGAGCCAUCGCCAGGAAAGGGGCCCUCAGACCCUCGACCUCCUCCUUCUCCCACAUUAGGGCGCGUUUCAGGUCACAGGCCCCUCAACUCCCAAGACAGCCAUCUUCGGCCACAUCACCAUCCAAGUGAAGUCACAAACCACCUCGGUGCAUUCUGUUCCGAGCCCUGUCAGUACAGGGACAGCUGACCCAGAAAUCCCUGAGCUCUCCUCACGGCAGCGAUGGCUGGUGCCAAGGGUUCUCACCGCAGCAAAGCGAAUGGCUGCUCCCAUUUGAGCCGGCCAAAACUAGAGGUAAGGGCUGACAGUAUCCUGCAGCUCGUUCCAAGAUACCUGCAGAGCACCUGCAGCAUAACGCGUUCCCUGGUGCUCAAAGGCCUCACCGUGCUCUGCGACACACCGUGGAUGGUGAGCAGGAGGCAGCGGCUGAAGCCGUGCUGGUGCCGUGGGGCUGGGCAGGGGUGCUGGCUAGCGCAGCGGCUUGGCCUUGGCUGGGCUGCGGGAGCUGUGGUAGCUGCUCCCAGCUCUCCUGCCUCCCUGUUCACCUGCCCGAGUCCUUCGGGGCAGGCCGUUGGCAUCUGGGCCCUGAGGCAGCAGCGUGGGCUCCAUCUGCCACAACUGCCUCAACUGCCACAACUGCUCCAACUGUUCCACGCAGUUCCCAAAAAUGCAGUUCCUGGUGCCAAGACUCAUGGAUGUACUGCAAGACGCAGACAUGGACGUGGUCAGGACGACCCUGUCUGUGCUCAGGAAGGUGAUCUGUGACCCAAGCUUCCCAGUUUCCACCCCCAUCGCUCUGCAUGCAGCUGGCUGAGAGGCUCCAGCCACUCUUUGGCAAUGUAAGGCUUCGUGCAGCUGCUGUCGCAAUUGUAAAUCACAAAGGUCCAGAGGAAGAGAACACUUCUGCUGUUGGAGGUACAGCCCCGCUCCAUGGCAGUGGGCGGGCGCAUUACCCGGGCAGGAUGGAGCAGGCAUCGUGGGGAUGGCAUGGGGUGGGGAGCCCGCUCUAGGGCACUGAGGGGGCAGGGAGCUUGGCCCACCCUCUCCACCCAGCCCUGCAAGGCCAAGGCCUGGAAGAAGCCCUUCCGGGCUGCUGGUCCCCUGCUGAAAAUAAGCAUUCCUGCCUGGGUGGACACAUGCCCAGCAGAGCCUGUGGUGCCCUGGGCUUGUGCUGGAGGGAUGCUCGCCAGGAGCAGCUGCUGCUGCCUGAGCUGGUACCUCCUCUGCCGCUUUCCAGGCUCAGGGCUGCCCAGCCUUUAGAGCCCAUCAGUCUGCACAGCCCAUCCCGUGCGGGCUGGCAGACAAAUAGAGAUUUUCAGGACCCCCUGGCCCCUCUGUUGCCCAGCCCUGGCACGUCAGCCCCAGAGCCCGCUGCCGUGCUCCCCCUGCCCACCAAGGCACCGCUGCUCAGCCGCCUGCUGCCCGCAGGGGCAGAGCCGCUGGGUGCCGCCUGCGAGAGGCAGCGGGCAGAGCCAGGGCUGGUGGCCAGCCUGGGCCCCGGCGGUUGCCCGGGCCCUGGUGCUGUGGCCAAAACCCCAGUGACACGGAGCUCUGUGCCUGCAGAGCCGCUGCAGCCAUGUGGAGGAUGAUGGUCACCACCAGCAUGACCACAAAGAAGGUGUUCCGGGAGCUGCUCUGCGUGCUGGAGGACUGGCCGCUGCACAGCACGUCCACCUGUGACGGGGACCAACAGGACGUCCUUGCCCUGGCUGCAACCAGGGCUCUGUGGGAGAUCCUCCGGAUGCCCAGGUGCCCAAGAGGGCUGAAGGUGCAUUUCCCUCGCCUCCUCCUGGCUCUGCUCUUCCAAGUUGUGUACAGCACAGAGCAGAUGCCAGACGAGGUGGAUACUUUCUGGAGGGAAUGCCAGGAGGAAGGCGGCCUUCCCACCAGCCCCAGCAGGUUUAUAGUGCUGACUGUGAAAGCACUGCUCUGCCGUCUGGGCUACAGGCUUGUAGCCUCUGAAGUGGAACGUAAGCGUGGCUGGGACACGCUCCUCCACGCUGAGACCCACCACUGCGCAAUGGGGCUGCUGGCCAGGUGAGAGCCCCCUUCUCCCUGCUCCCCGUGCCAUUGGUGCCCGGCAGACGGGGCACCCCACACAAUCCCCUUGGUGCUGGGUGAGAGGGACUGGUCGGCGGUGAUGGCCCAGCAGACUGGCAAAGGCUGGGAGAGCUGGGUGCACAGGAGCAGCCACCUCCAAGUGCGCUGGCAUCCCCUACCAUGGGGCUGUCAGUACAGGGACAUUUGGCCCAGAAAUAACUGAGCUCUGAGGUUCAAUCACAGCAGUGAUGGCUGGUGCCAAGUGUUCUCACUGCAGCAAAGCGGAUGGCUGCUCACAUUUGAGCUGGAGAAGAGAGAUGUGGCUCCAGGGACCGUGGGGGAAGAGGAGGCCGUGUCAGAGUGGAGGCACCAUCAGCCGCAUGGGAUUGAUGGCCAGCCCUCAUGCAGCUGAUGAUGUGGAGCCGAUGGAAGCAGAUCCACCCCAAGACCAAGAAUAGCCCCAACAUGGCUCUCCUGGAACCACUACACCGUGCCAGGGCUCCCCUUCAAGAGGUCCCCGCAGCCUUGAACUGUAGUUCCUUCAAUCUAAGGAAAAGGGUGGUGGAAGGUGGAGCCCGACUCUCCACAGCAGCACAAAAAGAAGAGCAAUGGAUCAAGAAAAGAAGGCAGAGAGAUGGCUGAUUUUGUGAAGAAGCAAUAGCAUAAGAAUUGUGCCCUCUCAACAACCUUGUGUGCCAGAAAUACUGAUUUCCUCCAGAUCUGUUAACCCGAACGCACUUCUAGGCAAAGAUGCUGCAACGGGCAAGCCUCUUGCUACACAAGUUGAAAGAAGAGUAUAGAUAGAUUAAGAAUAUUCUAAAUGUUUGAAAUUAACCUCAACACACUCCUAGACAAAUACGCUGCCGUUGGCAAGCCUCUUACUACACAAGUCAAAAGAAGGAUAGACUAGGAAUAUUAUAAACGUUUGAAAUAAAAUCUUUAAAACUACAAAAAGCAGCAUUCAUUAUUACAGACUAGAGUUCUUCAACUGAAAGAUUUUUAAAAUAAGCAAGAUGAAAAAAAAAAAAAAACUACUAUCAUAUUCACAUCUCCAGACACUGUCAAGAAACUAAAGAACACCAUCUCUCUUCUUUUACCUUUGGUGGAAGCUUUCCUUCCAUUAUAAACAAUGUAUCUCCUCUGCAAACAUUAAGUUCCACUUGGACUGGAAUUAGUUCCUAAGCGUUGGUGUCUCUGCACUGUCCAUCUGUCCACCUUCAUUAUCUUCAGUGGUUUCUCUGCAGUGAUUGACAACAUGAGACAAGCGAAGCUGCUCCUGCACACCGAGCUCUGAGGAAGGGGCAGCACCAUCCACACAGGGGACAGAGAACAGCCCCGGGGUGCUGAGAGCCCCAGCACAAGAGCUCAGAGACCCCACGGGACAACUGGUACCCAGGAUGAGGCACCACCCACUCAUUUUUAAAUAGCAGUUUAUCUUCAUGAUGCUAUGAUUAUCAUUAACAGAGAAUAAUUUUCUUUGUUAGUGCUUACAAACUCUUCUGUUCCAAUUAGCAUAAUUCUGGAACCGAUACUGUGCCCAGCUACCCUCUACUUAUUGGUCAUUUUUCUGCCACACAAUUUGUCAUUUUUUUCCCCCUCUUUUUUUAAGCCAUAAGUAUUUCAGUUUGAUAGCCCUUUAGUAUAGUAAGAAACAAAAGCAUGCAACAACAGUCCACAUUAAGAUAGGUUUUGUAUUUCUGUUGCUUUGUGAAUUGCCGUGCUCACUUAUUUAAGUUUCAGAGAACUGUUUUAUUAUUCCUUCUUAAAACUUUUGCUGCAUAAUUCAAACAACAAAAAUAAAGGAUCAGCCCAUUUCCUUUCCAGA